GACAUACCAGUUUACUGGGCACCGGAGAACGUUACGAAUUUCCCGGUUACUAAACCGAAGGGUUUACGAGAAAGCAAAGUGAAAACCCCCAACUUUGGCCUAAACCCCCAAAAUCUCAAACAUGGUGGGCCCUAUACUCCUCCGCCGGCUCCUCCUCCGGCCACCACCGUCCUCCGCGGCGAGGCUCUGCAUCUCAGCAUUCCACAACUGGCGAUCUUACGCCACCACUGAAACAUUUCACGAAGACAGAGAAAAGCGCGGUGAAAAAUGGUUCACUUUACCUCCGUUUACUGCCACCAUAAACGGCAGCGCUUUGGGAAAGGAGCUCUCUCGCAAUCGUUCAUACGGCAGAGAUGUAAUUACGAAGACUGCCACUGCCACUGCCUCCACCACCUCCACCACUACCACGGCGCUUAAAUGGGUUACUCGGUGCUGCCCGGAACUUCCUAGAAGCCUCGUUCAGAAGCUCUUUCGCCUAAGACAGGUUCGAAGAGAAUCUUGUGACAUGGAGUGUUCUGGUGAAGGUGUUGAGGCACUUGAGCGCCCACUUAAAAGGGUUGCGGCUAAAGACUCAAUGAAUGUAGGAGAUCGAAUACAUCUUCCUAUUUCUGUGCAAGAGUUCCCCAAUGAUAAACAAGAGUUGCCCAAUGAUAAAAAGGAGUGCCAUUGUAGUGAAGAAGAAGUCACCUUUAUCCGUAGCCUCGAGUUGUAUAAGGAUCCAGCCAUUAUUGUCAUCAACAAACCCCCUGGAAUGCCUGUUCAGGGUGGUAUUGGCAUCAAAAGAAGUUUAGAUGAACUGGCUGCUGCUUGUUUAAGUUAUGACUUCUCAGAACCCCCUCGGCUGGUACACAGACUUGACAGAGAUAGUAGUGGUAUCCUGGUGAUGGGAAGGACACAAACAAGUGCGACAGUUUUGCAUUCGAUCUUCCGCGAGAAAACUUUUGGAGCAUCAAAUGAUGUAAUUGAUGAUGCAAAAAGAAUUCUGCAAAGAAGGUAUUGGGCACUUGUCAUUGGAUCUCCCAGACAACGAAAGGGUUUAAUCUCAGCACCUUUGGGAAAGGUGGUAGUGGACAAUGGUAAAUCAGAUCGAAUUACAAUUGUGAACGAUUCACAAACUUUGCCAUCUCAGCAUGCCAUUACAAAGUACAAAGUAAUUGGAUCACCAUGUCCUGGUUACACAUGGUUAGAGCUAACCCCUCUUACUGGCCGAAAGCAUCAGCUGCGUGUACACUGUGCUGAGGUUCUGCGAACACCGAUAGUUGGAGACUACAAGUAUGGGUGGCAAACUCAUAGGAACUGGAAACCGUUAGCUUGGUCUAAUAAUGAAUGUCAUUCAGAUGAGGAGUUUCCCAAGAGAAAAAACCUCCCUUUUGAUCUCAAUAUGGAAAGUGGAAGUGUCUCCGAAAAGAAUCCCCGCCUGCAUCUUCAUUGUAAGCAAAUGGUUUUGCCUGAUGUGAAUCUGGCUUUGCAAAAUGUGAAACUGCAUUCAGAUAGUGAUCUUUCAGAAUUAGAAAGCCUAGAGUUGGUUGCUCCUCUGCCUUCGUUCAUGCAAAGAAGUUGGAAUAUUACAAAUUCUUAAGCUAUAACUUAAAUUUUUUUGUUGAAUCUAUUAUCUUUUUCUUUUA